AGUGGUGUUUGUGCAGCCGUCGCUCCAACAAUGCAGCUUUUAAUGGAGCUGUGAGAUGGAAACGCAGCAGCACCGCCAGGCUGGCCGGGGACCGUAGCCACUCAGAUUUAACACUGUCACACUUCUCACUAUCUCUCCGUCCACUUGGGGGAGGAAUUAGCCUCUAUUUCCAGGACGCACUUUCUGCUGGAGGUUUCUAUUUUAAGAAAACUGAAGAGAUUUAAAAAGAUCAACAUCCCGUGGGUUUUCUGAUGGGGGAUCAAAAAAUGAACAUAGAGCCGUCACAUGAUCAUCAUGUACUCCGGGCUUCAUCCAUCAAGGGACUAUCCCUUUGCAUAUGCUGAAUUGUUUCCUGGCAAACAUUCAGAGGAAUAGUUUAACCCCUCUCAACAGAAAAUGGCAUCAACUUUAGUGGGUUACAAUACAGAGUACAUUUUAGAGUACAGGUGAGGCUGAGCCUCAACCCACAUCACCUACGGGACUCUCUGUGGAGGAAUUUGGCAGCAGAUGACCUUUAGAGAAGACUUAAUGGUUUAGUUUCUGCCCCACCACCUUGCUGACAAGGUCGACCAUGGCUGCUGCUCCUUAUAGAAACAGUUCCUUAGUGGGACGAGGAAAGGAUCGAUAAAUGAUGCAGCGUAACGGUGGUGGAGUGGGUGUCGGAGGCCAGACAUGGGUGCUGCGCCGGGUACGUCUCACAUGGCUCAGUUUCAUGCUCUUCUUCAUCUUGGUCUUCUUCCCGCUCAUCGCCCAUUACUACCUCACCACCAUUGAUGAAGCCGGUGGACCUGACAAGCGCAUCUUUGGACCCCGUCCCGGCGGGGAGCUGUGUGAAGCCAAACACGUACAGGACCUAUGCCGCAUCCGCGAGUCUGUUAGUGAGGAGCUGCUGCAGCUGGAGGCCAAGAGGCAGGAACUCAAUGGCGAGAUCGCCAGGCUCAAUCUCCGCAUCGAGGCCUGCAAGCGCAGCAUCGACAGCGCCAAGCAGGAUCUGCUGCAGCUGAAAAACGUCAUCAGCCAGACCGAGCAUUCCUAUAAAGAACUGAUGGCCCAGAACCAGCCCAAGCUGUCUUUGCCUGUUCGACUGCUACCAGACAAAGAGGACCCAGGACUACCACCACCGAAGUCUGCGCGUUCCUGUCGUCUGCGGUCUUGCUUUGACUACGCACGCUGUCCUCUUACUUCUGGGUUUCCCGUUUAUGUCUAUGACACAAGUUCUUAUUCUUGGGGGAAUAAUCUUGACCCACUGGUGAAGCAGGCUUUUGCGGCAUCCGUUAAAAGCAAUAUUUAUGUAACCGAUAACCCAAGUAUCGCCUGUUUAUAUUUAGUUCUGGUGGGAGAAAUACUAGAGUCCUCCCCUUUGCUGUCUCCUUCAGAGCUGGAGAAGCAGCUGAAAGCUCUUCCUUACUGGAGGUCUGAUGGACACAAUCAUGUUCUGGUGCAUUUUUCCAGAAAGUCCUUGACUCAGAAUUUCUUGUAUAAUGUCAGCACAGGAAGGGCAGUGGUCGCCCAGUCCACUUUCCUGGAACAGCAGUACCGUGAGGGAUUCGACCUAGUUGUGUCCCCGCUGGUUCACGCUCUGUCAGAACCCAACUUUUUGGAGGUUCCACCACAGGUUCCUGUAAAGAGGAAAUAUCUUUUCACUUUCCAGGGUGAGAGGGUGGAGUCUCUAAGGAGCAGUCUCCAGGAGGCACCCCCUCAAUCGGUUGAGGAGGAACUGGAGGGAGAUCCGCCCGCCGACUACGAUGAUCGAAUAAUUGGCACUUUAAAAGCAGUCCAGGACAGCCACCUAGAUCAGGUUCUGGUGGAGUUCACAUGCAAGAAUCCAAAGCCCAGUUUGCCGACAGAAUGGUCUCUUUGUGGGGAGAGGGAGGACAGGCUGGAGGUGCUCAAGGCUUCGACGUUCGCUCUGGUGAUCGCUCCAGGGGACGGACACCUGGUUGCCUCAGCAGGCUGCGGCAUGCGGCUGUUUGAAGCCUUAGAGGUAGGAGCGAUUCCUGUUGUGUUAGGGGACCACUCUAGACUACCUUACCACCAAUUUAUCCGCUGGACUGAAGCCGCCAUUAUAGUACCCAAGGCGCGUGUCACAGAGCUCCACUUCUUGCUGCGCAGCCUAUCGGACAACGACAUGCUCGCCAUGAGGCGGCAGGGUCGUUUUCUCUGGGAGACGUACUUCUCAACCUCUGAGAAUGUUCUCAACACCAUUCUUGCAAGCAUACGAACCAGCAUCCAGAUUCCUGCUGCUCCAAUCAAGGACGAGCCCGCGCAGGAGAUUCCCCACAAAGCUGGGAAGCUGGCGGGAACGGACGCCAACUUGGCCGACAAUGGGGAUCUGGAUCUUGGUCCCGUAGAGACGGAGCCUCCAUAUGCCUCUCCCCGCUUCCUCCGCAACUUCACAUACACAGCAGCAGACACGUACAGAGCAUGGAACAGGGCCCCGGGGCCCUUCCAUCUGUUUCCCCACACUCCUCUGGACCCAGUGUUGCCCUCAGAAGCCAAAUUUCUUGGCUCUGGAACCGGUUUCAGGCCCAUUGGUGGGGGUUCUGGAGGCUCUGGGAAGGAAUUUCAGGCUGCUCUUGGAGGGAAUGUCCCCAGAGAGCAGUUCACCGUGGUCAUGCUGACAUAUGAAAGGGAGGAAGUGCUGAUGAACUCUCUGGAGAGGCUCAAUGGGCUGCCGUACCUUAACAAGGUAGUGGUGGUGUGGAAUUCACCAAAGCCUCCUUCAGAUGACCUCCUCUGGCCAGACAUCGGCCUGCCUAUUGUGGUUGUCCGCACAGAAAAGAACAGCCUCAACAACCGCUUUCUACCCUGGGACGUCGUGGAAACUGAGGCCGUCCUCUCCAUCGAUGACGACGCUCAUCUUCGGCACGACGAGAUCAUGUUUGGCUUUAGAGUGUGGCGUGAGGCCAGAGAUCGCAUCGUCGGUUUCCCAGGGAGGUAUCAUGCGUGGGACGUCAACCAUCAGUCCUGGCUCUACAACUCCAACUACUCUUGUGAGCUCUCCAUGGUCCUGACAGGAGCUGCUUUCUUCCAUAAGUACUACGCCUACCUGUACUCUUACGUGAUGCCCCAGGCCAUCAGGGACAUGGUGGACGAGUACAUAAACUGCGAGGACAUUGCAAUGAACUUUCUGGUGUCUCACAUAACCCGCAAACCACCAAUCAAGGUAACCUCCCGCUGGACUUUCCGCUGCCCCGGUUGUCCUCAGGCCCUUUCACACGACGACUCGCACUUCCACGAGCGCCACAAAUGCAUCAACUUCUUUGUCAAGGUGUACGGUUACAUGCCGCUGCUAUACACGCAGUUCAGAGUGGACUCUGUGCUGUUUAAGACUCGUUUGCCCCACGAUAAGACAAAGUGUUUCAAAUUCAUCUAGCCGGGGGUGAAGCGUCUUCGCAGACAGCCAGAAGGGAGAGAUUGACAGACUGACACAUCCACUGCAGGUAGUGAUGAAGACUGACGGCUGGACUGCAGCAUAAACAUGCAGGAAGAAUUUUUUGGGCUCGCAUUUUGUGAAGGCGGAUUGAACGUUUAACCUUAACCAGCUGGAAAUUCAGAGAGUGUAGGUUGAGAGAAACCACUGCCGAGAAAUGAAGCCUUUUCAGCGGACGUCACUUCUUGUUUUUUACACGCCUUUUCAAUCAUGUUCAAUCAUCAACCACUAGUUACAGAAGACAUUUGCACCUCUUACCUGCCUGCCACGAAAAAGCAGGCAGACUUACAGUGUACAGAAACGCUUCUCUCCUCCUGAUGGUGGAGUUGCGGAAGAAACGGACAGAACUAUGGCUUCAGCUGAGAGCAAUUCAGUUGAAAACUGUUCUUCAAACUCAAGCACUGAUGAUCAGACGUAUUUUAUCGAACUGUUCUUUUUUUGUUUUCCCUUUUUCUUUUUUUCUUUUUUAAAUGAUGUCGUUUAAAUGUGUAAAUUUACAUCUAGUGGAAACUUUGAGACCUCCCUGCCUUUUGGGAAAUCAAAAUGACAACAGCUCAGUCCAAUCAUGUCUUAGCAGCGUUGCGUCCCCCAGAGGAAUUCACUUUAGUGGUCACCAUAAUGCCUCAAAUGUGUCAAUAAAACCAACCAUCAUGUUAUCCAACUCAAAUCAUUUUUAAGGAAGCGAUAUUAACCAAAUGGCUGAAAAUGAUCAGUAUCACAAAAAUCAACAGACAGUUUCAGUAGAAUGUAUUAUGGAGGCAGUUGGAGGUCUGUCCAACCGUAGUCAGAAGUUUAUAUACACUCAUCAGCAUAAAUCCCACAUUAGUGGGUAAAAAUACAACAUUUCUAUGAUUAUUAAAUGCAAUAAUUCGUCGAGCAAGUUUAAAUUUAUUUUGGAUUUUGUUUUGUUUACACAUCAACGGUACAAUAAUCCCAAACCAGAUCAAACAUGCUGUUGAAUGCUCACACUAUUUUUCCUGCCCUCUACCCUAGUUAGUGUUCCUAGGCAUUCUGGUUUGGUUUUAGUAUUUAUAAGGAUGGAGAAAUAAUGUUCUUUCCAGACAUUAAUCUCUAUAUUAUUGUUCUUUCUUCUGCCUUCAAUUCCCAGUUUCUUUUACAUGUACUUCCUUUCCUUGUCCAUUGUCUCUUGCUCCCUCACUUCCUUGAGCACUUUAUUUCCUUC